UAUUAUCAUUUCUGCGAGUUCCCUCAACUGCCAGUCGCAGUAUAUCCAUUCAACAACGAAACUGGCGUAAAAGAUGUCUCGCCGCACAAGGGAGAAGGUAUCUCAAAAGGCACCCUAUUCUCCCAAGGCAUUCAUGGUGAGCUAGGUGGUUCCAUUGAAGUCCAGGGCCACUCGGAUUCCUACAUCGAGUUAACCAACACCGGAAACCUGGACACGAAGGUCUCCAUCACCAUCUUGCUGUACGUGUACCCGUUAGGGAGGUCUGGUCCUAUUGUAAACUAUAAGAGAGAUGGUCACGGAGUCCAGAUUUAUGAGACUAGCCGCAAUGGUAAAGGGACUCUAGGCGCACGAAUCAACCCUCGCGAUACCGUGAGGUAUCAACCUGAAGUCUACAAGGCUAGAAUCCUUGGGUUUAACAAGUGGCAAUUCAUUGGAGUGACUUAUAAUGGUUCCUCAGGGGUUGUUAAAUUGUGGCACGAAGGACAGGCAGUUGCUUCUCGCCGUUAUGAUAGGCUGGCUGAUAUCGCUACGCAGUUU